GGUUAAGGUGGUUGAAGAGGUUCUGUAAACCAGAAAAAAGACACCAUUAUCAAGAAAAAAUAUUUCAGUAUGCCAGGAAAGAUAGUGGCAGAAAACGCGGAGACGGGUGGCGAAGAAGAGAACGUGGACAAGCUGAUCAACUACAACGAUGCCAUUUCAUAUUGGACUGACGUCCCGGCCACUGUUGAUGGUGUGCUUGGCGGGUUUGGAGAGGCAACAUCGGUUCCUCGGGCAGAUGUAGUAGGCUCGUCAACUUUUAUGAGAAAACUCAAAACCAGAUGGUCGGCGGAGCCGGGCAAGAUUAAGUACGGUAUUGAUUUCGGUGCUGGGAUUGGGAGAGUCACUAGAGAUUUCCUACAUAAGGUGUGUGACAAGGUAGAUUUACUAGAGCCGGUCGAGCCAUUUGUGCAGCAAAUGCGUGUCGAAUUGGAGCCGUUGAGGAAGGAAGGAAAGAUCGGGGAGAUUUACGACAUUCCCAUGCAAGACUGGAAGGCAGAAGAGGGAAGGUACGCAUUGAUCUGGUGCCAGUGGUGCUGUGGACAUCUUCCUGACGAUGCCUUUUUAGAAUGGUUGAACCAGUGCAAAAGGGGGCUGCAGCAGGAUGGGCUUCUGAUCGUCAAGGAAAACAACACCAAUAGUGAUGACGAUUUGUUUGACCCCGAAGACAGCUCCAAAACGAGAUCUGACAAGAACUUCCGCCGGUUGUUCAAGCAGGCAGGAUGGAAGCUCAUUGCCACCGACUUGCAAAAGGGGGUUCCGAGAGAAUUGUUUCCUAUCCGCAUGUAUGCCUUGAAGCCAACGAGGGAUUGAGCUUUGUGGAACAUAUGGACCUACUUUUUACAACAGUAAUCUGUAUAAACUAAUUUACAAUCAACAAACACAGCAAGACGUUAACCAAAGAAUAAACACCAAACAUAGAUCAGAUAGGGGUGAAAGACUAUUUGAUGGUAAGUUUUUGUCCUCAUUAGAGUCAGUUGAACUAUGCGUUAAAAUCUUAAUCAUCAUAUUAAGUUUGGUGU